AUGAUGUCUCCACGCUCUUUAUCCAUUUUAGUCUGUUCAGUCUUGGGACUGGUCUUGGCAAUCCCUUCUAACACUUGUAUUGUGAUGGGUAAUCUGGACAUCAUCAGAAAGAAAGGGAAGUUGAGUCCCUCCGAUGUGAUCUUUCUGGGGAAGGGAAUUGUGAAUAUUCUCCUCCAGUGUGUGCUGAGCCUACAGGCAAUGCUGUUUGUCUUGUGUCUGGAAGUCUGUUAUGUUACAGAAGUACGAGGAUUGUUGAACACAUCAAUUUACUUCCUAAUGUAUUACAACUUCUGGUUGACCUUCUGGCUCUCGGCUCAUUACUGUACCAGCAUCACCAAUCUCAGCUAUGGGUUCUUCAUCUGGAUAAAGAGAAUUGUGUCCAAUUUCCUGAGUCCCCUUCUAUUCCUGACAGCACUUGGGACGUUCCCCGUUAGUUUUCUGCAGUUCUGGACUUUAAAUGAAGAAAGUCUCCAGAACAACACAGAAACCUCUGUUAUCAGGUUUCAUAUCAGUCUCCCCUAUUUUGUCCCUCUGACCUUCCUAGGCUGUAUUCUGCCAUUCUCCCUUAGUCUUCUGUGUCUGGUCCUCACUUUCUCCUUUCUGCUCAGACACGUCUGGAGGGUGAAGAAUAACGACUCGGGAUCAACACGUCCAAAUCUUCAGGCUCAUGUCACGGCACUGAGGACAAUCUUCUUCUUACUUCUCAUUUUUACAUUCUUCUGCAUGUCUCAGGUUCUUCUGUUUCUUGCAAAAUCCACACAGCUCACAGAGUUAUUACCUGUCGUCAGUUGGAAUUUACAAUUAUUAUCUCCAUCGGUUGAGGCCGCUGUCAUCUUCCAGGCCAGCAACAAGCUGAGAAGGAUCAUUCUGAGAAGAUUCUGGACCAGAAGCCGGAGAAACACAGAGACCUAA